AUGAGUUUUCUUAUAACAAUGAUUUGCUGGAUGCCUUCAUAUGAAGACCCUAAAGAAAGUAUAGUGGUUAAAUACAUUAAUUCAACAUUCAAUAAUACUAAAGAUAUGUUAAUAGUGUUUAAUUAUGCUAUUGAUAAUAUCUAUGACCACCAUCUAGAUGAUGGAAUUUGGAGACCACCUUUAAAAGAUAUAUUUUUUGUUCAAAAAUGGAAUGAAAUGUACAACUAUUGCGAUUUAAACUUUUCUACAUUAGACAAAUUUGCAAAUAUUACUCAUCAAACUCAUUCAACUAUUUUUGGUGAUCCUGAUUACCGUAGUUCUAGGUACUAUGGAUAUGACCCAAUAAAUGAAAAUAAAAAGAAAUGGAGUAAAAUUGUGAUUAAUACAUAUUAUUCCGAACAAGAAUAUAUUGACUAUUUCAGUUUGAAUGACUAUCAACUUAAUGGUUUAAGAUCUAUUUUAGUGGAUUUAAUCAAAGAUUUGCCUAAUUUAUAUCGUCGAAAAAUAGAUGAAAGAGAAGAUACUGAUCAAUUGAUUGAGUGCAAUCAUUUACUCCAAAAAUAUUGCUUACAGUUGAUAGAACGCUGUCAGCAAUACGUGGAACAAAUUAAUACAACAAAUGUAUCAUUAUCAUUUUAA